UCCCCGUCCCACACACGCCUGCAGCAGGUCAGCACCAAGUUUGUUUGGAUUGGAUGAGACAGCUUUCACUCCACUGUCACCGCUCCUUCUCACCGUGCUGACGUGAAGAGACAGUGACACACUCCGGGCCAAGCAACAUGAGAAACCAUCCACAACCCCAUGCAGGUGCUGCGGUCGAGAUGUGAGACGGGGUCAUGCCUCUGGUCAAGCGAAACAUCAAGCCCCGACACCUGUGCCACGGUGCCGUGCCCGAGGGAAUUGGCAGUGAGCUGGAAUGUGUAACCAACAACACCCUGUCUGCCAUCAUCCGCCAACUCAGCAGUCUGAGUAAACAUGCAGAAAAUGUCUUCGGGGAACUUUUCAAUGAAGCCAACACCUUCUACGUGCGUGCAAACUCCCUGCAGGACCGCAUUGACCGCCUGGCCGUCAAAGUUACCCAGCUGGACUCCAGUGUGGAGGAGGUCUCUCUCCAGGACAUAAACAUGAGGAAGGCGUUCAAAAACUCAGCGGCCCAGGAUCAGCAGGUUUUGUCCAAGGGCAGCACGCCGAGCUCCGUGGGCGACAUGUACAACAGCAGCGACAGGCCUCCUCCGCUCAGCACCCUCACCGCCUACAGAGAGGAUUCCACUGACGCCAUGAAGUUCUACUCAGACCCACUGUACUUUUUUGACCUGUGGAAGGAGAAAAUGCUGCAGGACACUGAGCACAAGAGGAAAGAAAGGAGGAGGCAACGGGAGCAGAAGCGAUGUGUGGAAUGCAGCACCCUUCAGCGUGAGGUGAAGAAGGUGAGAAAGGCUCGGAACCGCAGGCAGGAGUGGAACAGGAUGGCGUUCGAUAAAGAGCUUCGUCCGGACCACCGCCAUCCGCAGACCCUACGGCGAGGGCCGUCAUCUGAGGGCUCCCUCUCCCCAGACGGCAGGCAUGACCUCCCCGGCUACCCCGUCCCUCCGCUGCCUGCCCAUGCCGCUUGUAACUUUGCCAAGUCUCACGAUUACGUCCCUGGGAAUGCACAGCCCUCACCACCUGUGGAGCAUGAAUACCACAGCAUUGAUGUCAACUACAAGAGAGUAACCUAUGCCACCCCGGAGCUGCGCCCUGCAGACCGAACCAACGGCUCAAUACGUCCACCCGCAGAUUACAACUGUGCCCCUCCACCUCCUGCCUCGGGUGGCCCACCCAUCCCAUCGGCAUCAACAGCCUUUGGUUUUCCUCUGGGUGCACUGCCGCCACAUAAUGGAGUUCCGCACUUAGGCCCAGGCUUCCCGCUCCCGCCCGCGCCUGCUUCGGGGCCUCGCAUGCCGCCCCCCCCAGGUCCACCGCCUCUCCCUCCCCCGGCUGCACCCUCACACCUCCCGGGACACAGCAAAGGCUGCAGAGCUCAGGCUAAACCGGUGAGGGAUGCCAGAAGUGACCUGCUGUCCGCCAUUCGCAUGGGUAUCCAGCUGAAGAAAGUCCAGGAGCAGCAGGAGCAGCAGAACAAGCGGGAGCCUGUUGGGAACGACGUGGCCACCAUCUUGUCCCGACGCAUCGCUGUGGAGUACAGCGACUCAGAAGACGACUCCGAGCUGGACGAAAACGAGUGGUCGGACUGACACAUGGGGACCUCCUGUAAAUGAAUCGAGAGCGUGAAUCCAUUUCUUUGGCUAUGUCCACUGGGCUCGUGCAUGGCCACUGCUGCGAGAGGAAAAUUAUGAUGAUUGUGAACAGUUUGCAGAAAACAGAUUAUUUGUAUUAUAAAUAAAUGUUUUGUAUUCUACCACCGGCGAAACGUCCUUAAUUAUAAGUUGUGCUUUUCCUACAAUGACAAGUGUCGUCUGUGAAAAUGCCUGUUGUUUUUCAUGAAUCGUUUCUGUGAAAUCACACAUUCCUUAUAAUGUGGUGGACCACCUGCACCCACCCUUCAUUCAGUAAUCACUACCUCAACUCGUGACAUUUCCCUGCCCCACAAUAUGCGAACUACAAAUUGUUCUUCUGCCAUUAAAUCAUUUGUAGUGAUGUGACUUUGUAAGAGUUGACAUGCCUUUAUUUUUUUUUCAGUAUUGUUCAGAAAAUCUGUUCAAAUAUAAGUUAUUAUAGUCUUGUUAUAUUAUUAUCUUCACUUUAAACUAUCUUAGUCUACGAAAAGCUUUUUCUAGUAGUCAUGAUUAGAUUAAAGCCUGCACGAUGAGUUUGUUUUUCAUUUUAUGCAGACAUACGGUAGAUGUAGUAAACACACUAUAAUCUUUCUGUUAUGUAUCUCUCAAGUAAGUCCUAAUUAUUUAUCACGAUUGAAGCUAAUCAUACUCAAUGAGAUGCUACUCAAUGACAGAGAAGACUGUGCAUACAAUAUUUUGUUAAUAUAAACUUACAAGUAUAAAAGUUAUUGGCCCAAAUGUAUCACAUGUUGUUACAAAGGUUGGCAGAUAGUAGGCCUAACAUAAUGUUGUAAAAAAGCUACAGAAGGCAAAAGGUUUAAAAUAAGUGCAGACAAAGCAGCCAAAGAGGUUCAAGACAGAGACUAAGUUUGAAGAAUCAUUUAUUGUUAUUUAAACAAGAACUACUGUACAGAUAAACAUGAUACUUGGUGAAAGGGUGUGAUGUGGGUCAGGAAAGAACCAAUUGAAUUUCCUUAUGCAUGUAUCUAUGAUUUUUUCCCCACUUACUGUAAUAUUACAACAUUUUUUAAUAUUUUUUAAAAUUGUAAUAAUCCAUGGACCUAUUUGAAGAAAAUCUGCAUAUUUAGAAGACUCGUAUUUAGGAGUGUGUGAAGCUUGAAGUUAAGAGGAGAGUUGAGCCUUGGUUGACGUACAUGCUGCACUGAGUCUCAUUUUAAAUGGAUAUCAAAUCGAUCAGUUACAAAGGGAAGGCAAACUACAACAAGCACAACACAGCAACCACAACCAUCUUCCAGUCAUGUGACUUGAAAGGCUUUAACAGAUGGAUGGAAAGACUUCUAUUUUCAAAUGUGAUUUUUUUUUCCCCACAGUUUUCUUUUGAGAAUUAGCUUGAAUGAAAG